ACUAGAAGUGUUGAGAUUGUAAUGUGCGCAUGUGCAUACAUUGAACCUUGUAUCAGAGUUUGUAGCAAAGAUUGCAUCCGGCUCCUAGUAGGGUGCGGUCGAGGGAGGAAAGACUUGUGAAGUCACGGAGCGUUCUUGGUAGCGUCGUUUGUGAUGAAGCUUAUGAGCAUAGUUAGAAAAGGUCGUUUUCGAGUCGAUCGUGUUCGACGCGGAAGUCUUAAAAAUCUAGUUAAGCUAUUCUUUUUGUUGGUGGUUGUUGCCUUGUUGGGAAACAUAGACAGAGCAUUCGAGCUGGGGGCGGUGCAACAUCAGUCUCAGCCGAUAGGAUUGCCGCCACUACAAGAAUACGAUCAAUCGAAUCAAACCAAUUCAGGUCAUCACCUGGACUACAAACACGAACAAAAUGAACAUUCAUCUGAGAAUCGCAGAUCUCGGGGAUCGGAAGAAGAGACACGAAAAAACUCGUCACCAACAUCACAGUCGGACUUGCAAAAUACCAGCAUGGAAUGUCAAUUGAAGUGGGACGUGGACAAGAACACGCAUUUGAUCAAUAAAUGGCUUGAAAUGGAACUCCCAAUUCUCGUUGCCGCCAUACGUCAUCAUCGAGGAAAGAAAAAGCACGACUCUAGUUCAAAUGCGAAGGAUAGUCAAUAUUAUCAGUAUACAAAAGAUGAUAUUGUGUACGCAAUAUUGACCCAGAAACACGGCAGGCAGAAACAAACUAUCAUGGAUUUUCAAUUGAUUCCAUGGGUUUGUCUUUACAAUGAAACAGAUGGGGAAAAUGAUGACGGAAAAAGUGAUCGACGAGGAGCCCAGGAGCUAGCGACACUUGUUCCUCGCAAAAGAGAUAAGGGCGAUCAAAUUGUUGUUAUGUGUAACGCUACUACGUUGACUACCGAAAACGUGACAAUUGCAUUGACAGGAGUUCUUCCUUCAACACCGCAGUCUCAGAUAAGUGAGGAUUCAAGGUCAACCAAUACAACAAAGAAUAAAAACGACGCCGUUGAGCCUUCGAUUUUUUUUUACGAUUUAGAGCAGCCCCUGGAAUGCGACCGCCUUGAGGAACAAGAAAAGAGUGAAGUUCACGAAAAAAAUAAAAUCGGUGCAUGUCUUCGGUUUAAGGGAGAUUAUGACCGAUCGAUUGUACCCCAGUGGAUUGAAUACCAUCGACUUAUUGGAGUGGAACACUUUUGGGUUUAUGUAAACGAAGAAUGGAACUUGUCGGGUCUUUUCAAUCAAUCUUACAUCACUUACAUUCCUUUCAAUUUCAACUGGGCCGAAAACAAUCACUCGUCACAUUUUCCACAUCACUAUAUUGAUGUCAAGAAGAAUGAAAUAUCUCAAGAACCCGCUCAGUCUGCUUGCAUCUACAACGCCAGAAAGUAUGGCUAUGAUUGGAUAAUCACUACGGAUGUGGAUGAGUAUGUUCAUGUUCCGAAAGGUUCAAACAAAACAAAUGAUGAAGCCGAGUCCCCUCUUGAACUAUUCUUACGAAGAUAUGAUCGACUGCUUUACAGCUGCUUAAUUAUGAACUCGAUACCUUAUGGGCGGAAUAUGUGGUUGAAAGAACCCGACUUUCCAUCUAAUCCUUUUCUUAUUGACUAUGUUUGGCGGCGCAAUAUGAACCUUUCGGAAUAUCCUCUCUACCGUUACAAGCAAAUAUAUAAUCCCCAACAGGUUUGGAGCCUCGGAGUGCAUUAUUGUUAUGUAGCAGAUGGUGAACAAAAUUUACAGUUGCCAGCAGAGGACGGAUUGUUCUUACAACACUUCAAGCUUGCACACAAAGGGGUGUACAAAAAAUUUGAAAAACUCAUGUUGAAAUCCGAAGAUGAUCUUUUGAAAGAUACUACAGUGCGUGAUAUGUAUCGAUCCGACCUUGCCGAUGCUAUGACAAGGCUUGAGAUGAAAAGAAAAUAUACUUAAAAAAUUGUUAAAAAAGAUAAUAAUAUUUUCAAUCUCUACGCGAACAGAAUCUACUAUGUAGUCGCUUGCUGCUGGUUUAGCACUUGCUGCUCCCGAAUUAAUUGGAGCUCCGAGUCAUCAAGGCCUUCGUCCAAGUCUUCGCCAUAUUCGAGUGCAUCCAUUAAUUUCGCUAAAGCAAUUAUGGAACCUGUUUGUUGGAGGUAAAGAACGAAGUCUAUUGGCGGUUGCUGGUGUUGCUUUUCGUCUUGGCCUUCGCUGUGAUCGACUUCGAUGGGUUCGCUAUUCUUGGAGGAAUCAGUAGUUCUGCGGAUAUCGUCAGUAGAUUUGAGUUCCUUGUCAACUGAUUCGCUUGAUACAGUAGACCUAGAUUGAUCACCUACCGCACCUUUCGCUGCUUGUUGAGGAACCCUUGUGCCCUCUUUGACCCCCUCGGUAAAAGUGACUAAAUUCAUUUCUUGCUUUGCCUUCUUCUGCUUUGCUUUCUCUUUCUUCUUUUUAUUUUUAUUCUUCUUGGAUGAUUUUUUCUGCUCCGUUUUCUCAGUUUCUGCCCACAAUUCUUCUUGGUAAUCCAAAUGAUAUACCUUGCAAUUGCAAUUACAGCACACAUAGCAUUUGCAUUCUGGGCAGAAGCUGGCAUCGGACGGACGAUGUUUUGAGAAGGAUUUCUUACAAAGGGCGCACGAAACAAAGUGCUGUUUCCAAAUGCGUUCGGCACGUUUUGUGACAGCGGUACUAUUGUGACUUUCUCGAGCCUUUUCAAUGAGAGACGAAUUUACCAAAGAAGGGUUUCUAGUCUUUUGAACGUCUUUGAUUUCGCCAUUUUCAAUUUGCUCUCUCCUUAUCAUUUCUCGAGUCUCUUCAACUUGAAGCACCCUUUCAAGGCCUUCUAAAGCCAUCAUUACCAUACUAGCUUCUGAUAAAAGAACGCCAAGAACCGAUACACAACCUUCGUCCACCAAUACUUCAAUCUGAGAAUCACUACCACAACUAGUAGCAUUUAAUACCACCCAGCAGGCUUCACUACGAACUUCUUGGUCAGUCUUCUUGUUUCUCACUAGUUUCACUAAUGGUGGAAUAGCACCGGAAUCAAUUACCGCUUGGAUUUGAUCGACCGUUCCUGCAGCGAUAUUCGAAAGCGUCCAGCAUGCUUCUUUCUGGAUCUCGCGAUUAGUGUGGGUUACAAGUUCUUUCAAUCUUGGUACGGCCCCACAUUCUAAGAUGACCUCCGUGUAGUCUGUGACAGUACCUAUCUGGUUCGUGUCAUCGCUGCAUUCAGCGCAAACAAUGUUACCGAUGGUUCUCAGUGCUGGUUUCGUUACUCUCCAACUUGGAUGCAAGAGUAGUUCUACGAGACGCKGUACAAGGCCGCCCUUCGGUGCGUUGCUUUCAUCUCUUGUUGUGACUACUUCGGCGAUAUGUGAAGAUGGUCCGUCACAAAGAUGAGAGAGAGUCCAACAUGUGUAACUCAAAACCUCUGCAUCAGCCAUCCGAAGCAAUCGUCUGAGCACGGGCAAUAAGAUGGGCAUUUCGAUUUCGUCGCUACUCGAAUAAUCACUUGCUUUACCACCACCCUUUCCAUGACUCUGUUGCUGAAAUAUUCCUUCGACCAAGUUUGAUAAUGUCCAACUCCCAAUGCGCUGAAGGCUAAGAUUCCCCGGGUGUGCUUCUAGGCAUCUCAGUAGCUGAUUCAUCACUCCUGCUGCCAAAAUUACAUCUCUUGCAGAGACAGAUUUCUCUCGCGAUAGUUCGUGAGAAGAGCUUGAUGAUGAUCCACCUGACGAUGAAGUUCCAGGUGAGUCGCCAACCGCAAUGCUCCCCAGGAUCCACAUUGA